AUGGGUAAUUGCUUCAAUUAAGAUGAGAAUAGUAAAACAUCCAUUAAAUCACUUAAGAAGGUAGAUUAGAUGUAGUCUUAGUCCCUUAAAGACUUAGACGCAAAUAAAGUUACUUUAAAGGACUUUUUAAGUUAAGGUUAGAUAGGAAGGGUUAGGAAUAUAUAAAUUUAUUUAGGGCUAAUUUGGAAAGGUUUUAAAAGUUAAAAUGAAGAGCAACAAUUAAGAAUAUGCUAUGAAAGUUAUUAAAAAAUCAGAUAUCAUUCAAUAUGGGUUAGUGGAACAUACAAUGCUAGAGAAGAGUGUACUUAUUCGAAGUAAAAACCCUUUUGUUGUCAAGCUAAAAUAUUCUUUCUAGACAGAUUAAAAGCUAUAUUUCGUUAUGGAGUAAUAUAUCAAAAUUUAAAGUUUAGAUUAGUGACUGGAGGAUAACUUGCUAAAGUCCUUAGUAAAUAGCGUGAGAAACGAUUCACAUAAUUUUAAGCGUAGUUCUGUGCCGCUGAAAUAGUUCUUGGAUUAUAAUACAUACACGAAACUUUAAAGGUCAUAUAUAGAGAUUUAAAACCAGAAAACGUUUUAGUUACUUCAGAUGGCCAUUUGAAAUUAACAGAUUUCGGAUUAUCUAAGUAAUAUGAUAGUUAAGACAUGAAAUUCUUUACUGUAAUACUUAGAUUUAAUUAUAAGGCUAGUUUGUUGGAACACCAGAGUACAUAGCACCAGAAAUAUUGUUAAAAUCUGGACAUAAUUCAUCGGUAGAUUGGUGGAGUCUAGGAAUAUUGCUUUAUGAAAUGCUUGUAGGAUAUACUCCUUUUAGAGAUAGAUCUAAUAAUUUAAGGGUGAUAGAGAAUAAAAUUAUUUAAAACGAAUUAAUAUUUCCUGAUUAUAUAUCCACUGAAGCAAAGGAUAUUAUUUGUCAACUAUUAAAUAAGGAUCCACAUUAACGUUUAGGUAAAUUUAAUUUAACCGACUUAGGUAGCAGAUCCAUAGAUUAAAUAAAGAAUCAUUUAUUUUUUUCUUAAAUUAAUUGGGAUGAUAUUUAUAAUUUAAAUAUAAAAUCCCCAAUUUUAGAAAGUGUUACUAAGAUAUUAGAAUAGCAAUAAACAGAAUGCAAAAUUGUUCCUAAAAAGAUAUUUGAAACUCCUCAAUCAUAAAUAGGAUAAACUGAUUGUUAAUUUGAAGGUUUUUCAGUUGAUCGUGAGGAAUUUUGA